UGUGAGUCGGAAUCUCCCUCCUCAUUGACGCUACCACCACAUCGACAGUCUCUCGCGCUGAUAGUUGAGAGACUGACUGCCUGACUAACGCAUCCUCCUCCCCAAUAAAACAUCGUUACCAUAUCUCGUGUAAAAUCUCUCGCUGUGGAUUCUGUACGUUAAUAAUACAGUAAGAUGUAUUAGUGGGUUUAUUGUAUGUUCCGCGUGUUUGGUGGUGGUGGUGCUGCUCCCUGGUCUCCUCCCGCGGUGGAGUGUCAGUGUAGCGGUCGUGUAGAGAGAGAGAGCAACAGGUGUCAAAAGUGCCGGUCGGGACUUGCUUUCGUUAAUACCACUCAGGAGGAUUUUCUUUUCGGAGAUCGCGGCAGAUAUUGCGUCUGUGUAAAAUGUGAAAGAAAAUAUUCGUCAAUAGAUUUAUUCAUAGUGCGUGUUUAGUGAAAUUAAGUGAUAUAUAAAGAUGUUAGGUAAAAACUAAUAUUCUUAUGAGGUUGCUAUCAGAACAUAGUUACUUGUUCGUGUUCUUAAAGGUCUUUGUAAUAGUUUUCAUUGAAACAAAAAUGGGCUAAUGUAAUUAGUGAAUACAGAAACGUGUGUAUAUGUGAUAUAGUUUUGUAAACACGGUGAUCAGAUAGCCUUCUUACCGACUCAAAUUGUAGUGUGGUUUCAUUACAAACAAAUAAGGUCUCGUUCAAUUGAAUUUUUUAUCAUUGGUGGAAUUUAACCAGUAAUAUUGUUAUACUUUUAACAAAUAGUAUUGGGACAGAGAGUGAACGGGAUAACAUGCAACAGGACGUCUGUGACUCAGCCAACACCCGCCAACAAGAUGAAUGCGCACCAAUAAGGACUCGUUGUGUCCUCGGAUAGCACCCCUAUUCCAUGGAUCAUUCCAUUUUGGUACCGGUCCUUUGAUUACUGUACCCAAAAUCAACGCCUGCUCUUGGUACCUGGAACCAUAUCUACUGGUUACCAGGUAUUCAUUUGUGUCCUUACUCACCUGGUAUCUUCUGGUAGCUCAGCAGAGGGGUACCUGUUGCUGCUCAACUCGUCCCCCUCAAGAUCCAUUCACAAUUAUCUCAUUCAGGAUCUUCGUGUCUAAGCUUCUCCUCUCCUGCCUUGGGAUGGAGGAGAUGGAGGACGCUCACCCCCACACCAGAUCUAAGAUCAAGAAAGAGAAGUAUCGCCUCCUGAAGAGCGACUGCGACGCUCCCUGGGAUUCUGGGGGAGGCACAGCAGCAGUAGCAAGUAUUCGGACAGGUGUAAGCAGUGGUGGUAAUCAAGCACAGCAGGUAAACAGAUGUUCUGGCUGGCUUGAGAGCAGAGGUACAAGUAGUGAGGAGGAGAGAACGCGGGAGAUGCCAGAGAGACCUAGACAGAUGGACGUUGGCACCAAGAGAUCGCCGUCAGAUCCCUUCAAGCCCAUCAAGCUGAAGAUGAUCCCUCGCAACGUCCAGGUGAGCCGCAGCGUGAGUACCAGCGGCCCUAGCGGCGGCACCAACGGCGGCGGCACUCAUCACGUCGCCACCCGCUCGCCGUCCGUGCCUUGUACCAGCGCCACCGGUGCCUGUCCCCUUACCGGCAUGACCCGCACCACCCACACCGCCGUCGUCCAUUCUUCAGGCGCCCACUCUCUCCUCCGCAAUCCUCCGCCUUUUUUGCCGCCCCAACAACAGGGGUCCCAGACGCCCACGAGCUUCCCCUCCAUGGUAUUGAGGUGUGGGCGUAGAUGUAGCUCCCCGCAGACGCCCAUGCUUACGGGUUGUCUCCCCUACGUAAGUCGCAUGCCCCCUCGCUCGGCUCAGACCUCCCCCUCAGCCCCAAAGUCUCCCAAGUUGACCUCGAGCAACAGUGACCCUUGGAGUGCCAUCAUCACUAAGAACUACAGAGCACAGAGUGUAGGGGGAUGUAUCCCUCCUGGCGAGAUGGACUGGCUGCCCGCCCCCUCCCCCUGCUCCAGGAAGAGCUCUUGGUCGUCGGUGUCCACUGAUAACGACUCGUCGUCCAGCUGCUGGUUCGAGGAACAUCACAGCAGACACGGAAAAAGGUAA